AUGUACGAGUUUGACGACCAGCAGCUCAAGGAGGAGGCGCUGCAGACGAAGGCGGCGGCGGUGAUUCAGCGGCGCUGGAAGGAGUAUGCCGCCCGACGCGAGGCGGAGGCGGAGGCGCGGCGCGGCAAGACGGUCUCCCUCGCCGCCGCCGCUGCCGCCGCCGCGGUGGCCGCGGUGGAGGAGGAGGAGGAGCCCGACGCAGCGAAGGCGGCGUCGGCGGCGGAGGAGCCGCAGGACCUCGUAGCGGAGUACGUCCGCCUGGUGGAGCGGCGCAAGGCCGUGGUGGAGCGGAGCCUCGGGUGCCAGCGGCAGUUGGCGCGCCACUUCGCGGCGCAGCGGCAGCGGAAGGGCGAGGAGCGGCCGCAGCCGAUCUCGCCGGAGGCGGAGCAGCAGUACUGGCUGGCGGUGCGGCAGAUGCGGGAGGAGCAGCAGGCGGCGCAGAGCCGGCGGGAGGCGGCGGGGGCGCUGCUCUCGGAGAUAAAGGAGCGGCACCAGAGCACCAUCGACGAGGCGCUGGCGCAGGAGGGGGAGUUCCGCGAGUACAUCAAACACCUCGCCGAGGACUCCGUCUUUGUGCGCACCAACCGGCGGCUCACGGCGGUGGAAAUUGCGGCGUUCCUCGAGCGGGAGACGGAGCAGCGGCGCGAGAUCCGCAACGCCCGCAUCCGUCAUCUGUUGCUCUGCCACGAGCUGGGAAAGCUGCAGCGCACCGCCGCGCGGCGGGACCUGCAGCAGGACGGCAUGAACCUCAUCGACUUUGAGCAGCUGAAGAUUGAGAACACGAACCUGAACGAGAAGAUCGAGGAGCGCAACGAGGACCUGCUGAAGCUGCGGCGCAAGGUCACCACCACCAUCCACGUGCUCACCCACGUGAAGGAGAAGCUGGAGUUCAUGAAGGUUGAGAACAUCCAGCUGCGGCGGCAGGUGACGGCGACGGAGGAGGAGCUCAACGAGCUUCGCGACAAGCUGGCGCAGACGAAGCGGCGCCGCGACCACUUCGCCACCAACAACAUCAAAAUGCGGGAGAAGAUGCCGAUGGUGGGGUCCGAAAAACUCCUCUUAGACUACGAGAACCGCAAGGCGGCGUCCAACGCGAUGCGGCAAAACGUCUUGGACAAUGCCGCGAAGCACAAGGAGCUGCUGGCUGCCAUAGACCGGAAUCAGGUGGUGCUGAACAACCUGCAGAAGGCGCUGGCGCUGGGCAACCCGGCAAACGUCGGGGUGGCGCAGCUGAAACUGAUGACGCACUGA